GCGGGUGUCUGCGUGUGUGAGCCAGCCCCGGCGGGCUGCGUCCCGGGAGCCCCUACCACGCACUAGGCGCUGAGUCGGUGAGCAGCAGAGGCGAGAUGCCACCCACCCUCCAGGCACCAGAAAGUUUCGCAGCUCCGUGAGCGCGGCGGCAAACUCCCCUCCGCCCCCUUCUUCUGCUGGGCGCGUGGGGCUCCCUCGGUGCCUCUGCAGCAGCACGGGCUGUGGGCGUCUCUGGGGGCGAGGUGCAGGACCAGGGCGCUGUUUGUUCUCCUCCGUCCGUCCCAGCUGUUACUGGGGGGCAGCCGCAGCAGCCAUGGAGCCCGAGGCGAUUGCGAUUCUCUUCCUGAACCAGAGCGAAGGGCCCCCCCGGGGGGAAUUCAACCUCUCGGGGGAGGAGCAGGACACCAAGCCCCUCUUCGGCAUCGGCAUCGAGAACUUCCUCACCCUGGUCGUCUUCGGCGUGAUCUUCGCCUUGGGGGUGCUGGGCAACUCGCUGGUGAUCACGGUGCUGGCCAGGAGCAAGCCGGGCAAGCCCCGCAGCACCACCAACAUCUUCAUCCUCAACCUGAGCAUCGCCGACCUGGCUUACCUACUCUUCUGCAUCCCCUUCCAGUCCACGGUCUACGUGCUGCCCACCUGGGUGCUGGGCGCCGUCAUCUGCAAGUUCAUCCACUACUUCUUCACCGUCUCCAUGCUGGUCAGCAUCUUCACCCUCUCCGCCAUGUCGGUGGACCGCUACUUGGCCAUUGUGCACUCCCGCCGCGCCUCAGUCCUGCGGGUCUCCCGCAACGCGCUGCUGGGCGUGGGGCUCAUCUGGGCGCUCUCCAUCGCCAUGGCCUCGCCCGUCGCGCACCACCAGCGCCUCUUCCACCGGGACGCCAGCAACCAGACCUUCUGCUGGGAGCAGUGGCCCAACCCCCAGCACAAGAAGGUCUACGUGGUCUGUACCUUCGUCUUCGGCUACCUGCUGCCGCUGCUGCUCAUCUCCUUCUGCUACGCCAAGGUCCUUAAUCAUCUGCAUAAAAAGCUGAGAAAUAUGUCAAAGAAGUCAGAAGCAUCGAAGAAAAAGACAGCCCAGACUGUGCUGGUGGUGGUGGUGGUUUUUGGCAUAUCUUGGCUGCCACAUCAUGUGAUCCACCUCUGGGCUGAAUUUGGAGUUUUCCCACUGACUCAAGCUUCAUUUCUCUUCAGAGUAACAGCGCACUGCCUGGCUUACAGCAAUUCUUCUGUAAAUCCUAUUAUAUACGCAUUCCUCUCUGAAAAUUUUCGGAAGGCCUACAAACAAGUCUUCAAAUGCCAGAUAGGUAAUGAAUCACCUCUGAAUGAUGUUAAAGAAAGUAAAAGUCCGAUAGAUACAGCACCGUCUACCAAUUGUACUCAGGUGUGAGCAACAAUUAAAAAAAAAAUCCUGUCAUGUUGGGUUUUCAUAUGUGUGGACUAGAUGUCUAGAAAAGCACAAUGAGCUCCUAAAAAGAGCUGCAGCUUCAGCUUCAGCUUUAGCUUGAUAAUUGGUAGAAUUAAAAAAUUCAGUUUCCUUACAUUUACCAGAUAACUGUGGCCAUUCUUAAUAUUAGACAUCUUUGUCUAGCAUGGUUCAAAUGAAGAUCUGUCCUUUGAAAGAUGUUCCAGAAAAAGUGGGUAAUGGUAUGUCAGUACUAGCCCUCUUAUUCAUUUAGUAGGAAAGCUAAUAACUUGCUAUUUAUAAAUAUUAACAUACAGCAUAUUCCAAUUGCGCCUAUAACACAAAUAUGUUAACAUAGAAUGCAAUUGUACAAUUCCUAAUCCAGUUCUAUAAUGUGAAACUUUAUUCUAUAAAUUGUGUGUGUGGGGGCGGGGAAUUAGCUCUCACCUCAAAGAAAGAUAAUUAAUGGUGCAGUACUAUGAACUUCAGUCAUCUCUUCAAGGUUGGUUCUGACAAUGGUUUUGUUUGUUUUUAAGCAAAUGUUGAGCAGAAAUAAUUUUCAUAUGCUGAAGUAAUUACUUAGAGAAGAAAUGCUAAACUAACUAUAUAAAUGUAGAAUUUACACCAUGUUAUUGAGGUACUGAGGUUGUACUUUGUGUGUCUAGCCUGGCUGCAUAUACAAAACAAUGGUUACACCUUUAUAAAAUUUUGCUUAAGGCACUCACAUAAUUGUGGCAUAACAUAGGUUGAUGUAGUCAAAGUGGGAAGGGUUUGUUUUAGGCCUCUCUCUCUGUGUG